CGCCAAUGGGCAGCGGCGGGCAGCGCGCCCCGCGCCCGAGCCGCAGUCGCGCCCUCUCGCUGGCUGGCGAAGGCGACGGUGCGCGGAGGCGAGCGCGGGGGAGAGGAGCCUUGCCGGCGCCGCAGCCGCCGUCAGGGCAUGAGGAUGGCCGUGGGCUCCGUGAAGAUGCAGCCGCCGUGCGAGAGCCCGGCCCUGGCCGCGGCGGCGGCAGCGGCGGCCGCGGCCGCGGCGGCGGAGGGCGCCCUGCGCCGCAGCCCCAGCGCCCGCGAGCCCGAGCGCGAGCAGCCGCCGGCGUCCUUGCGGCCGCGGCUGCGGGACCUGCCCGCCCUGCUGCGGAGCGGGCUCACGCUGCGGAGGAAGCGGAGCGUCGCCGGGGGCCGGACUCUGUCGAGAAGAAUCUCCAACCCCUACCUUGACCAUAGUCCUUCCCAGAUCUACGGAGAGAAUACUUCUUGCGCAGGAAGAGCCCUGAGAAAUAUGGUCAUGGUCCAGGCGGCUGACCUGAUAAAGGACCGAGUGAACCUCAAGGGCUUUUACAGGAGAAGCUGUGUCGGGUCGGAGCUGGUCGACUGGCUUCUGGAACACUGUCCUUUUGUCCAGUGCAGGUCAAUGGCCGUCGGGGUCUGGCAGCUCCUCCUGGACAUGGGGAUCAUGUCGUCAGUGGACCAACACCUGUACUUCCAAGACAGUUACGUUUUCUACCAGUUCUCCUCGGAUGAAUGCAGCUACCUGUACUGUGAAUUUGAGAGAGAGGGGGAAUGGCAGAACGGUGUCAGACUCCUGCUGCAACUUGUGCCUCUCAUUCCUUCCCGGGCUGGCAUCUGUGACCUGUCUCAUCAGAAAAUGGAAGACCCCGAAGAAAGCAGCGAUGAGAUUCUCGCUCGCCUAACGUCUGCGGUGCAGAGGGAGCUUGCAGCUGUUAUUGCUUUGAAAGCAAGGAAGUCCGCAAUUGAACAAGAUGAGGAAAACAGCGUCAAACACGUGACGGAAGCCGAAGGCUCUGCGGAUGCCCAGGCAGGGGUGAUGUGCAAGCUUCAAGAGAGAGAUGACAUGGGACGGAUUGAACUGGUCCAGAAGCUGGCGCGAGAAAACUGUCAGUUUUUGCAGACGGACAGAAAGGAACCGGAGAAGCCUGAGCACCAAGACGAGGAGGUGACUACGGUGCAGGUGCGAGAGCAGGAGCGGGACGUCCUGGUGCUGAGGAGAGUGAGGGGCGGCGGCCCAGCCCCCGCGGCCGACGGCGAUUGGAGAUACGUGGUGGUGUCCGGGACCCCGGAGAAGAUUCUGGAGCACCUUCUGAACGACCUGCACCUGGAAGAGGUCCAGGACAAAGAAACAGAGACCCUGCUCGACGACUUCCUUCUCACGUACACCGUCUUUAUGACGACCGAUGACCUGUGCCAGGCGCUGCUCAGACACUAUUCUGCUAAGAAGUAUCAAGGCAAGGAAGAAACCUCGGACGUUCCGUGCCGGAAACGGAAGGUGCUGCAUCUUGUUUCCCAGUGGAUCGCGCUCUACAAGGACUGGCUGCAUGAAGACGAGCAUUCCAAAAUGUUUCUGAAGACCAUAUACAGGAAUGUCCUGGAUGACGUCUAUGAAUACCCAGUACUUGAAAAAGAACUGAAAGAAUUCCAGAAGAUCCUGGGAAUGCACCGGCGCCACACUGUGGAUGAAUAUUCACCACAAAGGAAGAAUAAAGUCCUUUUCCACCAAUUCAGUCUCAAGGAGAACUGGCUGCAGCACAGAGGCGCUGUGAUUGAAACGGAAGAAAUCUUUUGCCACGUGUACAUAACGGAGCACUCCUACGUCAGCGUGAGGGCCAAAGUUUCCAGCACAGCCCAGGAGAUCCUGAAAGUGGUCGCAGAGAAGAUCCAUCACGCAGAAGAGGAGCUGGCCCUGGUGGCCAUUGCGUUCUCCGGGGAGAAGCAUGAACUUCAGCCGAAUGACUUGGCCAUCUCCAAAUCCGUUGAGGCAUCCGGGCGGUUAUAUGUCUACCGGAAGGACCUGGCUGACACUUUGAACCCCUUCGCGGAAAACGAGGAGUCGCAGCAAAGGUCGAUGCGGAUUUUGGGGAUGAACACUUGGGAUCUGGCCUUGGAGUUAAUGAAUUUCGAUUGGAGUCUAUUCAAUUCCAUUCACGAGCAAGAGCUGAUCUACUUCACGUUCAGCAGGCAGGGGAGCGGGGAGCACACCGUGAACCUCAGCCUCCUGCUGCAGAGGUGCAACGAGGUGCAGCUCUGGGUUGCCACCGAGAUCCUGCUCUGCAGCCAGCUGGGCAAGCGCGUGCAGCUGGUGAAGAAAUUCAUCAAGAUCGCGGCACACUGCAAAGCCCAGCGGAACCUCAACUCCUUCUUCGCCAUCGUGAUGGGUCUCAACACAGCGUCCGUCAGCCGCCUGGCGCAGACCUGGGAGAAAAUCCCUGGGAAGUUUAAGAAACUGUUUUCUGAACUGGAGAGUUUAACUGACCCUUCCCUGAAUCACAAAGCCUACAGAGACGCAUUCAAAAAGAUGAAGCCACCCAAGAUCCCGUUCAUGCCCUUGUUGCUUAAAGAUGUCACCUUUAUUCAUGAAGGAAAUAAGACGUUCUUGGAUAAUCUCGUCAAUUUUGAGAAGCUGCAUAUGAUCGCAGACACGGUCCGGACCCUGAGACACUGCAGGGCUAACCAGUUUGGAGGCGACCUGUCUCCGAAAGAGCAUCAGGAAUUGAAGUCCUACGUGCACCACCUGUACGUCAUUGACAGCCAGCAGGCGCUGUUUGAGCUCUCGCACAGGAUCGAGCCGCGGCUGUGAGCGCCGCCAGCCCCUUGCCGGGACGGCCGCACCCGCUCUGCUGGGAGGCGCGAGGUUGCUGAGUUUUAUCAGUGCCCCACGAGACACUCACAGGAAAGCCAGCCCCAGCGUGCGCCGUGGGUGACCACGAAGAGAAGCUGCUCCGUGCCACUCCUGGGGUGGGAGGGCAGAUGGAGCAUCAGGAGCUGUCUUGAAAUGGAGAAAUCUGGGUUUCUUAUGAUCACGUUGUUGAUUGAGUCCAGCUUUCGACUGAAGACAGGAAAACACGUCUCGACGUACCCUACCCCGGCAUCUCUGGGCCGCCCACGUACAGCAGCAAGCACCCUCACUUUGCCUGGCUUGCAAACUUCCUGCUUACAAACUCUCAGAGUCCUCCUCUCGGCCACCUAAAGACAGCGAUGGUGUCUCUAGGUCUCCAGGGAGGAGAGGGCUCUGUCCAGCUGAACCCAGGACAGCACCAACAGCUGCUUGUCUCUAGGGGUGAGUGCGGACCGGCUGCUGGCACCCAUGCCCUGACGUGCCGCUGAGCAGUGCCAAGGCAUGCGUCUCUUUGCAUCCACAAUCACAUCGCAGCGUCUGCUCGCAGGUGCAUUUAGUUCCUGUUCAACUGACUCGCAGCUCCAGGCAAAGCAGACUAAGUUGCUUUGCCAAUAAGGAAGAAAAUAGUCAUCGCUAAAAAACGGACUCAGUGUUGAGUUCCUGGGGAUUUUCUUGACCCCAAGGAGCAGGCUCUUCUCUGUGUCAGGCGGAACACGGUUUUGAAAAAGCACAGAGCCUGACCCCUUGUGGGCACGCGGCAGCUGCUGCUGGGCCGAGUCAGGCCUGCAGUCUUGAGCCUGAGGGUGCCCAGUGGUUUGCACACUUCGGGCGGGCUCCCUGCCCCCAGUAUGGCUUGUGAUCAGCUUAGCUGGCAGGGAGCAGGGCGAAGGGCCAUUGGCUGUAGGGAGCACUUAGCACUCUGUCCAAGGAGGAGGUAAGACGCCAGCAGGGGUUGCUGGUCUUUGGCAAACAUAAAGUGCCCAGAUGCAUCGUGGUGUCUGAUUCACAUUAGAGACCCCCCCAAGUCCUGUGGCCGCCUCGCAGCCACAACAGAGAUUUUCUAUACUUUAAGUCUUUGUUGCUACCCCUUGGUUUCAAGCGGGGACUCUGGUAGCAAACAGGAUGAGGAGGGGUUGGAGAAUUGCCCAUACGCUGCAAAUGAGCAGGCAAGCCCGUGUGUGCAGGUGUCGGAAUCCACCUGUGCCAGCUACAGCUGUGUCGCUUUGCCAAGGUACCAGGGCCCUGCCUCUGGUAUUCGAUCCCAUCAUUGUCCACACCUAGGACCCUCAGCGUCCUUCUCUCCACGCCCCCAUUCUUCUCUCGGCUGCCCACCCGCCCACACAGACCUGCUUGCUCCUGGUCUCGCCAGCCCCUCGUUCAGCUUCGUGGCUGAUGGGGGCCCUGUGCCCUCUGAGGCCGUUUGUAGCCAUGCCGCUCUUGGGGCUUCAGAUAGCGCCAGCAGGAACCCCCUGGAGGAAAUCUUCCGUGGGACGUUCAGAGAGACCCAGACUGGGCCAGCAUGUCAUACUCAGUCCUGUAGGACCGAGGACUGGCCACUCCCAGAUCCGCUUCCUGCCACAGGAAGGGACCAGGUUUUGCUGGAGAUUAGAGCCCUGGAGACCUGGGGGAGGAGACACCCCCUACCCCAGCUGCUGCAGCACUCCCUGCAUCCUGCCCUUGGUAGCUGGUGAGGGUGACCUGUGCCUACCUGCUCUUGUCCUUUCUCUAUGCUAGGGACAAGUCCAUCAGCUGAGGCCGUUUUGGUGUCGCCUCAACAUUCUAGAGUUUGUCUCUUCCUCGGCACUAGACCUACCCUGCUCCAGGUAGACAGCCAGCCACCUGGAGAAGUGGAGUUCUCAGGGAGCAACUGCUCCCGCAGGGCACCUGCUGCCUACACAGGGCGGACGUGCAACUUGGCCAGAGCGGGCUGCACGUACUUCAUGUCAAAACGCUUGUCACCUGCUGCAUCUCAGCAAUCCCGCACGGCGUGGGUGGACGCGGGCUGGGGCGGAAGUGGCCCUGGUACAGCUUCCCCUCCAGCCACUGUCAUAGGGCCUGCAGGAUGACAAAGCCCAAGGGAGGACUUCGUUUUGUUGAGAUUGCCUUCUCCCCUGCCCCUCCCACCCCUAGCCCGCCAUCUGAAUGUCUGAAAUCUCUGGAUCUUUUCUGGAAUGUGUCCACUGUCUCCACUAUUUCCCAAGUAGCAGCUCUCAGAAAUUUCAGGGGGUGGGGGCAGGUGAUGCUCCCCAGGAAGCUCUCUCUAAGGAAGCCGAGCUGAGAGCAGGCCAUCAGGGAGGAGAGCUCCCAGGCUCCCUGUUUGCGGUAUGGGCCUCUUCCAUGAAGGUUUUGUCCUGACUCAGCAGGUGGCCUGGAUGACUCAGCUCUUUUCUGGCUCUCCUUCGGGUUUUUACAUCUCUAUGCUUGUGACAGCACAACCAUGGGCAGCCCCGAGGGUCUUUGUAUUCAUCCACAAACUAGCCCUGCUUCUAAGUUGGCACUGGGCAACCAUCCUCAGGCUCCCAUAGGCAAAAUUGUAACUUUCCAAUUUCUGUUUUUAAGGUUCCCCAUACACAUUCGCAGGUGUUCCACAGACUACUGUGUUUUGAAUCCAGUCGUUGUUACACGAUCUGUAUAAUUGCCAAGUGGUUUUAGGGAUAAAUAUUAGGACUAGCAUUCACUUUUUUUUUUUAGUAUCUUUGAUUAUGUUUAGAAUAAGUUCAUUUUCCUAGACCACAGGGGGUAAGUGUGGAACAUGCACUGAAUUUGGAAUCAUUAAAGAAACAGCCACACCUCCGAGUCUGUAGAUAGAGGAUGCUACGCCAGUCCACACUCACCUGGGAGUGCGGGAGAAACAGGUGCACAGAAGAGGUAGCUGGUGAUGACUCUUGGUCCCUGGGGCUGGACCUUCUCUGCUGCCCGAACCCAGCCCUGCAGUCCUGUUGGAGCCGGCGUGUGGACCACAAAUCCCAAACAGGUGUUCCUUCAACGGCACAAGGAGUCCCUGCUCCUGAGAACCUGGGCGAAAACAUUCAAACGCAGUCUGCCACACAGGAUUUCUUGUCAAGUUUUACAGACAUGUCCUUAAAAUUUCAGCCUGCUUACUAGCGAGCACACCAGUCUUGCUUCAAACUGGUAGCGGGGUGGGAAAGGCUUUUAAACGUUGCCAAAAAGUAUGAUGAAAAUGUACUACUGUGUAAAGCAAAGCUGUAUAUACUAAACGUUUUCUAGCAGAGUAAUAUUUAUUUGCAUAGCCUAUUUAUUGUAUUCGUAUUACACUGUUAUUAAAAACUGGGAUGAAAUCCA